CCUUUAAGAGGAACGUUGAGGGAGGAAGUGAAGACAACUAACUUUCGUUUCCCUCGUGAAACUUAGGCCUUUUUAUACCUGAAAGAGGAACCGACCGAGCCCCCGAGAGUCAGAGUGAAGAGACUGCGGGGACAUUGGUGGACACAGUGUCUGUGUCUCUCUGUCAUUCUCUGACGGACCCGCGCUGCAGACAUGAUGGAGGGAACUGAUGUAGAGGAGAAGCUAGAUGAUGCUGAUUUUAUAGCACCAGUGAAUGGUGACAUCAAUGAACUGCAGGAUGUGGGACAAGAGGAAAACAUUCAGGGCCAGAUGGAGGAGUUUUUGGGUCCACAUUCAGAGUACAAUGAGGAGGAGGAGGAGAGGAAGUACUACAGGAGGAAGAGGCUGGGAGUCAUCAAGAAUGUUGUUGCGGCCAGUGUUGGAGCCAUGAUUGUGUAUAGUGUGUAUAUGGGCCUCCUACAAAUGCAGCUGAUCCUUCAUUACGACAUGACGUACCGGGAGGUAAAGUACAGUAACCUCGGCCUGGAGGAUAUCGACCGUAAGAUCUUAAUGGGCAUUAAUGUGACACCCAUUAUAGGCCUGCUGUACACACCUGUCCUUAUCAGGUUUUUAGGUACUAAGUGGAUGAUGUUUCUGGCUUCAGGAAUCUACGCACUCUUUGUCUCAACUAAUUACUGGGAGCGUUACUACACACUGGUUCCGUCAGCCGUAGCCAUCGGCGUGGUCAUUGUGCCGUUCUGGGCCUCUUUGGGCAAUUACAUCACUCGGAUGGCGCAGCAGUAUUACGAGUAUGUCAACUACAAGGAAGAACAUGUGCAGGAGCAGAAGAAGCUUCCUAAAGGAGUUUGUCAUCGUUACAUCAUUGUCUUUCAGUCAGUCUUUCACAUCAUCUUUCAACUGAGUUUUGUCUUUGCCGAGUUCCCCAUGCGGCUUGUCCUCAACAACACCAACCUCAAUGACAACAAGCACAUUCUCAGCAACGUCAAAGUCUGCGGUGCAGCGGUUAGUGGUUUGAUCCCUGGCUUCAACAACACUGUGCUAAGCAGACUGCCCCGUUCCAUGCUGCUCAUCCAGGUGGAGAGUAUCCUCAUGGGCUUCGCCUUCCUGGCCAUGGUCAUUUUUCUUGUCUUGUGCGGCGCCGCCUACCGACCAACAGAAGAGAUCGACCUCCGGAGCAUCGGCUGGGGAAACAUCUUCCAGCUGCCUUUUAAACACUUGAGAGAUUAUAGGCUGCGACUGCUCUGCCCCUUUUUCAUCUACAGUGGCUUUGAAACGAUGUUUGCCAUCAGCGGAUUCUCUCUGUCCUAUGGCGUCUGUAUUUUGGGCCUGGAUAAGCUGUGGCUCCUUAUCGUCGUCUACGGCCUCUCCAGCUCCAUCUUCUCCUCGCUCUCCCUCUGCAUCCUACGCCUCCCACGCUGGCUGUGUCUGGUGAGCGGUGCCUUUGUGCACUUUGUGUUGCUGGUGGCUCUCCAAGUCUUCUCUCUACAGCGUAACAGUGAGGAGUCGUAUUCGGAAUAUCUGGGCCCUCUGCUGGUCAUUUCCAUACUGUGGGGUCUCGGCACUGCCCUGAACAAGACGGGCAUCAGCACUCUGCUCGGUAUUCUGUAUGCUGAGGAAAAGGAACGCCUGGAUUUUGUGUACACCAUCUAUCACUGGUUCCAAGCCAUCGCCAUCUUCGUCGUCUACCUGUGGUCCUCCCUGCCUAUGAGGGCCAAACUCUCCAUCCUUAUGGCUAUUUUACUCUUGUCCUGCUACUGUUACUGGGUGAUGGAGCGCCGGCUGGCCAGGGAUGUGCGUCCAAGACUGCCUCGUAUCCCUCGACCACGACACAAGGUCAAAGGUUACCGCUACUUGGAAGACGACAACUCGGAUGAGUCGGACUCUGAGAAAAGUGAGGAGGAAGUGGAGAGCGAGGAAGAGCAUGUGGAGGAAGAGAUGGACAGGGAAGAAAGGGGCCAAAAUGGAGGGGCCCAGGGAGUUGACUCACCCAGAGCCAGGAAGAGAGGAGCACAGGGUCACUGGCACAAUUUGGAGGACAAUUAUGAUGGGGAAGGAGAGGGAGGAGCGUGAACACGGAAACUCAACUUUCCCGGUACAAUCUUUUGUAAACACGGCAUCGUUUCCAGAAAUGGCUUCAUGCACACAACCCCCCUAAAACAAUUUAAAACGCUGUAGUAUAUAUGCCGGGCCUAUAUGUAGCGCUGUAAAUGAUAACCCUGAAUAUAAAGCUUGCAAGGUUAAAGGUAAAGGUAUAGAGAUGAGGCUGUGGCUUGUGUAAUUGUUGCAUCUCUGAAAAUUACACUGUUGGUUUUAGAUAAAAUCUUUUUUGCACAAAGAUAUAUAUGUGUACACAUACACAUAUGUGUAAACAUACAUAAAAGAUAAAAAUCACAGUGCAGGGAGAGACAAAAAACCCAGAGGGUUUAUUUGAAGCCUCCAUCUAUGCAAUUAACUAUUUAAAGAAACAUGAAAGAACAUGGCAUGGGGAAUAAUAAUCCCCCCCAAUAAUAAAAAUAAUAGAAUAUGGAAGUGAUGGCAAAGUAAAGAAGUUAAGGAGAAGGAAUCUUACAAUUAUGCAGUUGAAAGUAAUAUUAAAACUGAAAAAGUGAGUUUACUGUAUCGUGUAUAAAAUGACAUGAAGCACAUUAUGUUAUAUUACAAUAGACCUGUGCAACAAAAAAGAAAAAGAAAGAAAAUAAACUUUCUCUUAACAGAUUAUAUUAUAUACAGUAUAUUAAUCAAUAUGAAAACACAUCUCUACCCCUUUAUAUUGCAUUUGCUCACUUGUGUUGAUGUAAUUCAAUAAUCCCAGGAAUUACAGAAGAAAGCAAAAUGAGUAGAGUGGUAAAUACUGUUUGGAUUUGUUAAUAACUUUCUGUUAGUUGACUGAAGGACUGAUCUUUCUCUCUCUCAGCCAAUCAUUUAGUUCUCAGUGUUUAUGUAAAUUACUAAAGCUACAUAGAUGUGUCACAGUUUUCCAUUAGAUAAUAAUGUAUAUUUUGUUGCAUAGUGUACUUAUAUAAGACAAAAUGUUUCCAACUCUCUUUAAAUCCAUAUUUAAAUUCCUGCUGUAAACUCCAGGUGAAAUCUCCCAUGAAACGCCACAAGUUAACCUUUUCUUUUUUCUUUUCUCUUAUUGUGCCACUAAUGAAUCACAAUGUCUCUGGCGCACAAAUGCACAGGGAAAACCAACGAGGUUUGUUUGACAUUGUUUGAAUUGACAGACGCCAAGUGACAGAAAUGUGCAUUUAAAUACAAACAAAUUUGGAUUUUGUGGAUUAUCAGGACUCAAAUACUGACAAUCAUAAUUGAGAAUUAAUACUUAAAUUUGUAUUAAACACUUCUGUCUGUCAUUAAAAGAAGAUAAUGGAAGAAAAUGCAACGAAACAUUUAGUUAUGUAUUAUUGUAUUAUUUUCAAAGGAAAAUUUUAAAUAUAAUUUAAAAAAUAUAUAUUUUCUUGUAAAAAUGUUUAAAUUAUGGCAUCUGUUUUUGGCUGAGUGUUUAUGAAAUGGCAAAAUCCUAUGUUUUACUUAUAGUUUCUGCUGUUUUGCACAUAAUUUAGUUGGAGCUUCAGUUCUUUUUGUCUUUCUGACUUUUUAUUCAGGUAAAAAUAAUAAUAAUAAUAACAAUAAAUACCAGGCUAUAAAUUAUGACACUUUCUUCAUAAUGGUGGUCUGAUAGUUCAUAUCAGACCAGAUUCUGUGUACCUGUACACGUCAUAUUGUGAUGUGUACAGGUACUAUACUAUAUAGACUGAAAUUAGUUAAGAUGUAAUUUAUUCUGUAAGGCAAACAUUUCCCUUUAAACCUGUUGUAGAAGAACAAAGACAAAUAAUUUCUCAUUUUCUUUAAAUUAAGCUUUUAUCUCAGAUUUGACUUUUAUUUUGAAUCUUUUUUGUUUUAUUGGCUUUGAUGUGACGUCCACCUCUUCUCAUUUUGUCUUUUGCUUUUAUUUAUUUUGACAUUUGUUGUUCAGGUAAUGUCAUUUUCUUGUUUCUAUCCUCGAUUAUCUUGGUUUUUUUUAUGCUUUAUGUAAAUUGACCUUAAUGUGCGUGUGUGUUGCCAUGAGUUGCUGCUCACUGUGAUUGUGUCUCUUCACUGGUGGGUGGUUUGUCAUCAAAGUCACCAACUUUAUAUUAAGCCAGCGGUGACGGCCAAACACUCUCCAUCGCCAUGGAAACUUGGAUGUGUGACUGAUGCAAAGAAAAGAACGAAUGUUGUGACACAACACAUUUACAUAAUCCGCACACUUCUAAAUAUAAUCUACAUCAUUAAAAACUUAUUAACACAAGUUUCUUAGUAACAGUUAUUUAAGAUAACUGGGAAUACACUUGCAUAACAAGCUUUAAUGUUACAUGACUAAAACUAACUUUAAAGGUAAGGUCUUGACAAGUAUUAAAUUAGAAGUCGUUAUCACACAAAAUGUUCAAGUUUUUUUUUCUUCAUUAAAAGUCUUAUUUCUGUGCUGGUUUAAAUCGUAGCACGGAUUGUGAGAAUUUUGAUUAACGAUCAAGGAGGAAAAUGAAGACUGAUUAACACUGAAAGAUAACUGUGUAAAAGUUUCAUCUGCAGAAAUGCAGCCCCAAACCUGCGAGGAACCUCUGUGCUUCACUGUUGCCUGCAGACCAUCAUUAUUGUAACACUCUCCUGCCAUUUGCUACAGCCAAAUGUUUUGGCUUUCACAUUUGGACUCGUCAGUCCAGAGACCUGCUGCUAUUUGUCUGCACCUCAGUCCUUAUGUUUUUAUCUAUAGUUGAGUCCCAUGGCCUUGUUUGCACAGCGGAGGUUCUAUGAAGACCAAUUCUGGCCAGAGUUUCCAGAAAGUAGAUGGGUGAACCUGGGUCUCGCAGGUUCUGAGGUGAUGGCACUGUCUUAUUGCUGUUCUGUCUUGCCUUGAUGUAUGAGCAGACAGUUUGGGAGGCGGACACUCUCUCUAUUUAAAGUUAGACUUAACACCUUCCUUUUUGAUAAAGCUUAUAGAUAGAGCUAGCUCAGGGAAACCAGGACCAUCUUUACAUUACGUGUCAUUAAGCAGACACAUUUAUCCAAAGCGACUUACAAUGGAAUUGAGUACAAUCAGCCAGGGGUAGUUAGUAGGAGUUUUUUUCUUUCACCCAAGUGCUCAUUGCGUGAAUUGUUGGGUUUCUCUGCUCUCCAUGAUGUUGAUUUGAAUUGAAUACCCAAUCUUAAGUUUCCUAGAAAUCUGUUUCUGUUUCAGUUAUGGCUGUUUUUCUUUUUUCUAUCAUAUAUAGACAUUAAACGUUUGAAACACAUACAAAGUC